AACUAACCAAUUGUGUAGAAACUUUAUUCAUCAAUGGGCUAAAAGAUUCAAGAUGCCCAACGAAGAUGUCGACCUUGCCGCGGGUAGCGGAAACAGUGGCGUAGCUCCAGGAGCUGCAUCAAGCAAUGAAACGCUGCCAGCAGAACACAUUCGAAAAGGAAACGACGCUAGGAGCACCAGUGCGAGUGGCAGCAACGAAUCAGACACUCCCCCGCCCGCCCAUGGCGUCAAAAACAACGACGACGACCCAGACGACGAGAAUGAUGAGGAGCUGUUGGAGCGCAUGCGUGGGGAUGCUGUGGGUGAGACAAUGUACAGCAGGCGUUUCAUACUGCAGACGCUGAUGAAGCUCAGCCAACAGGAGGCUAUUGAAACGCUGGGGCAGGAGUUGGAGGAUGAGUUGUGCAAGGUUUGGGACAUGUCCGUGUCGCCGGAGGUGGUGACUCUCUUGCUGGAAAACGAUGCUAUCGAGCUGCUUAUGUACGCCAUCUCCGGAAGCGAUGAUAUGCGCCUCUAUGAGAUACUCAUCGGUCUGCUGGGCAACAUGUGUGCUCAGGCUCAGUGCGUGGAGCAGCUGACGGCUAAUGCGGAGUGGAUUGAGACGCUCCUCAAGCUUGCCACCUGCAUGGACACCUGCAUGCUGAUCCAACUCAUGCGUGUCUAUCAGUACAUAAUGGUACAUGUGACGAGCGGCAAGGAGCAGUUUGCUAUAGAUUGGUACGUCUGCUUCGCCGCCUUCGAUGGCUCGGCCAGGAAUCUCGGCUUCAUUCUGCAGCAGUCGGUAAGCGACGACCUUCUUACGGCUGCCUUGAAAGCUAUCAAUGCUGUACUGGCCAGCUGUGCCUUAAUCGAGGAGGAAAAUGCCAACUCUACAGUCAAGCUUAAGCCCUUUGCGGAGGUUUUCCUGGUGCAGGAGCUCUGCGAUGGCGUGAACAGUUCUUUUCUGCGCCUCAUGCGCGAUGAUAAGGCAAAAUUGGCUGAUGACGUCGUGGCGGAGGAUGAUGGCCAGGCCGUCGAACAAGACGAAGACGAGGAAGAUGCAGAUGUCGGCUACGAGUCGUGUUCGCCCAAAAUAACCUGUGAUGUGGAGAUCAUACAAACCUACCUCAACAUUUGCACCAUUCUCGUUCAACUGCCUGAAGCCCAGGCGUCUAUGGAUGUCUACGCGCCCAGCAUCGUAAGCUGCUUGACGCGGAUUCUGGAAUUCCUUCUGCAGCCACAGCAGCUUCUUCCAUUGGGCGAACGUCAAGAAGAGUAUCUCGAGGAUCUGGCUCAUAUUUGCAGUCGGCUAAAUUAUUUCUAUCAAAAAGAGGCGUUCAAAAAUCUUCUAGAAGUGUGGUCAAGACUAAGACAGCACAUUGAAAACUACACCGAAGGCGAUGCAGACAACAAUGACUUUGAAGGCGAGGAGGACGAGGAUGAUUCUCCCAAGGAGCAGUAUGUAGAGAAUUCCUCGAAGCUGCUGCGGCUGCUUGCCUGCAUGCUUGUCAAGGCAAAGAAUACGGAGGACAUACAGAAUCUACACGACAUUGAUGCCAACAAAAUCAAACUCUUUAUUUCGGCUCUAAUGGCUGAACAGGAUGUUCUCUUCUCAAAGGCCCACGAGCGCCUGAGCGAUGCUUUAGAAAAGAAAUCGGGCCAAGCCUAAGAGUAGCCCUUCUUAAUAGGGAAAACAAAAAGAAAGGACUGAUAUUUUAGCUUACAGCACAAUAUAUUCGUAACUUAA